AUGGACAAGCCGUUGGCGGGCCCAAAUCCAGGACUGCUAUAUGUGAACUCGACCAUCAAAGACCCGAGACUGUCUGAAGAGGCUUCUACAGAAUGGUAUGAAGGAGUGCACAUUCCGGAUGUCUUCAAGACCAGUGGCUCCGGAGCACCGACAAAGGCCUAUCGAUGGAAAGCAUCAGAUCCAGCAGCAGAGAAGCCAUACUUGGCCUUGUAUCCGACCGCUGACGUCGAUUUUCUGGGAUCCGACGAAUUCAAGCAGAUACCGGUUCACUGUGAUAAGCUGCCCGGAUCUGGCCAAAUCUUUGAGCUUGCCGACUUCGAUACCAGGUACUACAAGCUCAAACAGCUAUACGGACCGGAGUCUGAGGCGAUUGGGGACGCGCAGCCGGACUUUGUCAUUGUAGCUGGCUUUACGCCAGCCGACGACGAGGACUAUGAGCAGUGGUAUCAACAGGAGCAUCUGACAGAAAUCUCCGGCAUUACCGGCUGGCGAAAGACAGAGCGGUAUGAGCUCUUUUUCGCGCGCUCCAAUCGCGAUUACAACAAUCCUCUGGUUGCUGACAAGCCCAAGUACUUGACUCUGGAGCUUGCCCGGGCCAGUGAGAGCGAGUGGACCAAGAAGAGCAUGGGAAGCAUGAAGAAGGCGGAGGUGGCCGUGUUCAAGAAGUUGGCAUAUUUUGUAAAGUCAUGA